GCCUCGCCCGGCGGUGAUUUGCGAGCGGUCCUUCAAGUCCCGCGCGGGUUGGCUCGCAUCCCUGCCACUCAACUUUUCAGCCUUGUGGCGCGCGGCUGGGCGGAGACCGGCGGGAGCGGGAGCUGCGGCGGCGGCGGCGGAAGUGGCCGGCGAGCCGGGUCCCCGCCGGCACCAUGCUUCCCUUGUCGCUGCUGAAGACGGCUCAGAAUCACCCCAUGCUGGUGGAGCUGAAGAACGGGGAGACAUACAACGGGCACCUGGUGAGCUGCGACAACUGGAUGAACAUCAACCUGCGCGAGGUCAUCUGCACGUCCAGGGACGGGGACAAGUUCUGGCGGAUGCCCGAGUGCUACAUCCGCGGCAGCACCAUCAAGUACCUGCGCAUCCCUGACGAGAUCAUCGACAUGGUCAAGGAGGAGGCGGUGGCCAAGGGCCGCGGCCGCGGGGGCCUGCAGCAGCAGAAGCAGCAGAAGGGCCGCGGAAUGGGGGGCGCCGGGCGAGGUGUGUUCGGCGGCCGGGGCCGAGGCGGGAUCCCGGGCACAGGCCGAGGCCAGCCGGAGAAGAAGCCGGGCCGGCAGGCAGGCAAGCAGUGAGGCCUGCUCUGUGGCUUGCGGUCUGUCCAGCGGAAGGCUGGCAGGCUGGGCAGCCACCGGCAGUGGCCCUCCUCCCUAGGUGGAGUCCCUUUCGUCUUACGCCUGCAGUUCUCCAGCUGGACAUGUCGUUAUUCGGGGUUUUGUGAAAUCACUGACCCCGCGGCUGAGGGAUUCUGGAAGAUUCUGUGUGUCUGAGGUGUCUUGAAGCCCUCGCCCAUACAAGGGUGUUUUCUGCACAGAGUUGUUCUGGACAGCUCAAGGCCGAGCACAGCCUGAGGUUUCCCUUGAAGCCGCUUGCACUGAGAUUGGGGUCGUCAGCAUGGCCUGAAACCACCCUUUGCCUCGGGCCUGCAGGGCAUGGCGGGGACUGCCUGCUUCCUCCUCUCUCUGUUACAAAAAUAAAAGUAACACAAGUGUGCCCCACA